AACAGGUUUAAACCUUAAAUUAAAAGCCCAAAAUUCCUAGGGUUUCGGUUUCGAAAUACUGAAAGGGGAAAAUUUGCAGAGUAAAGCCAUCAACUCCAAUGGUGUGCGAGAAGUGUCAGAAGAAGCUAUCAAAGGUGAUAGUGCCAGAUAAGUGGAAGGAAGGCGCCAGCAACACCACCGAAAGCGGUGGCCGGAAAGUCAACGAGAAUAAGCUCCUAUCAAAAAAGCACAGAUGGACACCUUAUGGAAAUACAAAGUGCAUCAUUUGCAAGCAGCAAGUGCAUCAAGAUGCCAAGUACUGUCACACCUGUGCUUAUUCCAAAGGCGUAUGCGCGAUGUGCGGUAAGCAAGUGCUCGACACCAAGCUUUACAAGCAGAGUAACGUAUAAUCGAAGGGGGAUAUAAGCUGGUCGUUGAGUAGAUAUCAUAACUGGUAUUUAUCAUUGUUAACGCACCUACUUGGAUCAAAAGAGGCAUAAAAUUGUUGAUGCUGCUUGUUUUGUAGUCCUCUUUCUGAUCAUUUGUACUAGAAAACAGAUAAUCUCAUUUUUUAUUCAAGUAUGUAUUAAUCGUGUCUA